UAGUAAUCAUAUCCAUAGGCCAUCAUCAUACUCAUAUCACAGGCUUAAUAAUAUUAUUAAUAAUAUUAUUGAAUAUAGAUCUAGAUUAAAUCUAUUAGGCCCUAUUACUUUUUUUGGUUUUACUUGAUCUCUAAUUCUGGAUCUAGAAUCUAGGAUAACCAAGUGACACAGCAUUCAAAAUGGAUCAAGACUUACCAAUUAUAGGUGUUUGUAUAGUUAGUGAGCCUGGCAAAUGUCCAGCAAACUACACCCUGAUUGACAGAACGUUUGAUCGCAACGAAGAUGCAGAUUUGUGGAAAGAUGGCCUCUUUACUCGAAAAAAUAUGAGAUAUUUGUGUGUUGAAAGACAGAUUGCAACCCCAAAUCGUGAUGUUCUUGUAGAUGUCACAAUCAUAGGUGAGAGAGAUAAUAUUCCACCAGGCUUUAGCGUUAUCUCAGAGACUCAUGAUUCAAAAGAAAAAGCUACCCAGAAAAAAUUGAUUUGUGUCAGGUGGAUGAUACCUUCUAUGACAUCUGAUGCCAUCACUGAGCUUAUUUUCACUUCCCGUGUUUUGAAGAAGCCACCACAGGGCUUUACACUAGUAGGUGAGAUUAACAUGCUACAGUUGUGUUACAAAAUGGGAAAAAUUCAAACUAGUACUGACCAGGUAAUGACUGCAUCUUCAGUUCAAAGCUACAGCUCAACACCACAGUUGCAUGGUUUAGCCCAGCCCUUACCCUACACAUUGCCACCGGCUACAAUAGCGAGGCCACUUAAUUCAGGGCAAGCUACACUCUCCAGAACAGGACCUCCUGAACAGUCUGCCAAUAGCCUUGCAACAAGCCAUGUUAAUCCUAUUUCAGGCAUAGAAUGGAAAAUCAAUCAGAAGUAUAAAUUAAUUUUAGAACUACAAAAUUUGAGUUUUCCAGAUUUACAUUGCAAGACAUUAGGGGAACUGGAGCAACAGUACAAGUAUGAUUUUAGUGUGGAGAGAUCGGUGUCUAAAAACCCAGCUUUGAGAACCCCUUGAGGAAGCAUACACCAGGGGGUCUGUCGAUGUCAACAUGGGUAUCUGGGUACAAACUGAGAGAUCAGAUUUUAGAGAUUUUUUAUUUUUACAGAAUUAUUUGUAAUACUGGAGUACUUCAUUGGUAUUUCUCACGUGCAAGCAGGUAGCUAUUGGUAGCAAAUUAAUGAAAUAGAUCAAUAAUGUAUGAUCAAACAAUACUGAUUGUUUAAUUAACAUGGUGCGAUUAUGUAAUCCUAUUAUCUCUGUAUAAUAUUUGUAUUUGUUUUACAAAUUUUAGUUUGUUUUUUUUGUUGUUUUUUUUAACUAAAAUUUUCUACUAUCUUGUGUUGCUAUAAAUACUAUAAUUGGACACAGCUUUUUGAAAAACCCAUGUUUGCAAGUUCAUGUACAUAUAAUUUUUUAAAAAAAGCUACUUAUUUUUUAUGCCAAUAAUUUUAUCCAUUAUGAGUAAACAGUAAGCAUGUAAGGCUAACCUCAUGCCAAUAAUUUUCCCACUAAUGAGUGAGAAGAACAUGUAAAUAGUUUAUUGACCUAUAGCCUUUUCUGUGAUAUCAUCCUUGGUUGCAGUCUUAAGAUAUCAAAGGGCAGUAAGUCAUUUUUUGUGGGGCAUUUAAAAAAAAAAUACCUUAUGAAAAGUAAUGACUAACAGGUUAGAUAAAAUCUGUGUUUACUUUGCUAAUUAGCUAAUCAACUUUGAGAUGUACAUAAUUAUAUUAUUUAAUAAAUCAAUUUUAC